AAUUACCCCCAAAUCUAACUUUUCCUCCUCUCGUUCCCAUUUCUCAUCCCAAAGAAAAAGAACAAAAAAAAAAAAUUCGCAAAUUCGCAGAUCAAGAUGAGCAAAGUUUUCUCGCCGGAGAAGCGGUGGAUCAUCACCGCCGUCGCAGUCGCCGGCCUGAUCGGAGGCGCGCUGCUGUUCACGAGCUUCAUGCGCGCCGCGGAUGACGCCUUCUUCCUCUGCUCCACCGCGAACGCGCGCGCACGCGCCACCGCAGCGGUGGCGGACUACUCGGCGACGCCGAUCCAGCUCGAAGCCAUCGUCCACUACGCGACCUCUCGCGUGGUCCCGCAGCAGAACAUGGCCGAGAUCUCGAUCUCGUUCUCCGUCCUGAAACGCCACGCGCCCUGCAACUUCCUCGUCUUCGGCCUGGGACGCGAUUCCCUGAUGUGGGCGUCUCUGAAUCCGCGGGGGAAAACUCUGUUUCUCGAGGAAGAUCUCGAGUGGUUCCAGAAGGUGACCAAGGAUUCGCCGAUGCUGCGCGCUCAUCAUGUGCGUUACAGGACGCAGCUCCAGGAAGCAGACGCGCUUCUGAGCGCGUACCGGUCACAGCCCGAGUGCCUACCCUCGAACGCGUUUCUUCGCGGCAACGAUCGGUGCAAGCUAGCGCUCACGGGCCUUCCGGAGGAGUUCUACGACACGGAGUGGGAUCUGAUCAUGAUCGAUGCUCCCAAGGGGUAUUUCCCGGAGGCUCCGGGGAGGAUGGCGGCGAUUUUCUCGGCGGCGGUGAUGGCGAGGCAUCGCCGGAGAUCCGGCGUGACCCACGUCUUCCUCCACGACGUCGAUCGGAGAAUCGAGAAGGUCUUCGCCGAGGAGUUUCUCUGCCGGAAAUACAGAGUCGGAGCCGCCGGGAGGUUGUGGCACUUCGCGAUUCCUGCGGCGGCUAACUCCACCGACGGCGACAGGUUUUGCUAAAAUGCGCCACGUUAUUCCCCCACUUUUUUUUUGUUUUUAAUUUAUUUUCAUUAUUGCGGGAUAUUUUUUUUUCUGUUAUAUUUAGAUACACUUAUAUUAUAUCACUCGAUGGUCCGACCGAGUAGGAUCUAAGAGUUGGAUUUUGUCAAAAAAGUCGCUUAGAUUUGAUUGCUACUUGCAUUUGGUGAUGAACCAUGAGGUUGAGAUCGUAAUAUAUUUGUACUUGUGCCAAUCUAUAAUAGACAUUAGAUAGCUUAUCUGUUUUGUUUAAUUUCAUGUAUUUU